UUUGUGCUCCAGUUGAACAUCCACGUGGGGAACAUCUCGCUGGUGGACCAGUUCGAGUGGGACAUGUCUGAGAGGGAGAACUCUCCGGAGAAGUUCGCCCUGAAGCUUUGCUCCGAGCUCGGCCUGGGCGGAGAGUUUGUCACCACCAUCGCCUACAGCAUCCGCGGUCAGCUGAGCUGGCACCAGAGGACGUACGCCUUCAGUGAGAACCCGCUGCCCACGGUGGAGAUAGCCAUCAGAAACACAGGUGAUGCCGACCAGUGGUGCCCCCUGCUGGAGACGCUGACGGACGCAGAGAUGGAGAAGAAGAUCAGAGAUCAGGACAGAAACACGAGGUGA